AGGCAAUCGCAGGGCUGAGGUAGUUAUUGCGAACUCAAUAUGUCUUUGGUUCGCAAUGAUAAUUUCGUGGCUGAAGAUCGAGCCUCUGGUACUCUGCUUUUGUGCAGCGACAGUCACAAAUCGAGCCGACUCCUGUUCUCAAGAUUACGGAACUGGAGGCUUAUAGGAUUGCAAGUGCACAGGAGGGAGGCUGAAAUUCUCGGGUUGAAGUUUCCAAUCGACUCGCCGCGUUCCAUUCAGCCCCUCCAUGGAAGCCCAUCGAAUCUCGGGCUGUGGCUGAUGGAAUUAGCAGAGAUACUUCUUUUUAGCGGGGUGUGAACUAAGAAACUCAGGUAUCUCGCUAGCUCAGCCUUUCCAGAAUCUAGCUCCAUAGAUGUGCAUCGAAAUCCGCUGGAAUGCCCCGCGCACCGUGGCUGCAAGUUCGGGCAGAGUGGGACCGCUUGAUGCUGCAUCAGAUCCAGGCUUGCUCUAAAUUUAGAUUGCCAGUCUGAUACAUUAUGAUUAGCAUGACGACUGACUGAGGAUAGGCCCUUAUCAGAAUGAGAACACAGGGAGCGAAAAGCAGCG